AUGUAUGACGCCGUCAAAAAAGAAUUUCAGUUCAUGAUGGACCAAGGCAUAUGCCGACCAUCAAAAUCACCUUGGUCAUCUCCCCUUCAUGUCGUUACCAAAAGCUCGGGCAGCAUUCGUCCUAUGGGUGACUAUAGGAGAUUGAAUGCCUACCAAUCGCAGAGGUUCGAACAUGUGCACCUGGACCUUGUUGGCCCUCUACCUCCUUCUCAAGGAAACUAUUAUUGUUUAACAAUGAUAGAUAGGUUCACGAGAUGGCCAGAAGCCGUACCAAUUCCAGACAUGACAGCACAGACAGUUGCUCAAAAAUUUUUUAAGCACUGGAUAGCCAGAUUUGGUUGUCCUGUAAGAAUCACUACUGACCAAGGCAGACAGUUUGAGAGUGACUUAUUCCGUGCUCUCUCUCAACUACUAGGAAUUAAAAGGAUAAGAUCUUCUCCUUAUCAUCCUCAGGCCAAUGGCCUGAUCGAAGAGUUCCACCGUCCAUUAAAGGAAGCUUUGAGAGCCUACAACACAGAUCAAUAG